AUGCCAUCCGGACCGUUGGAUGCUAAAUCAACGGCCCUAGAUGGCUUCCCUCCUCUGUUCGGAGUGCGAUCGAUAAACCUGAACAUGGAGACAGACUGCUAUAAAAAAGGUUUUUCCUUCACUAUUUCUUUCGUAAAUCGGAAAUUGUACACAAAUUUCCAUUGGGAAUUCGAUAGAUUACAUGAGCAAAGGAUUUUUUUAAAAGGAGAUUCGGAGAUAUUGCAAGUCUGGAGGUUGAUUCGAGAAAAAUCUGAUCUCAAGAUCGAAUUUGAAGAUGUUCUUAGCUGUGAAAUAUGGAGAACAAAUUUCUGGAAACCUAGAUCUUCAUACAGACACCCCCGUUUUAAGAACACAAUAAUACUUUUAUCUAUCAAUUGCGAAUUGCGAUCGACUGUUGGAUCAAAAUUUGGUGUGUAUUAUUAUUUAUUAAUAAAGGGGAAAAUGGAGAAGAAUAACUCAAAUAGCAGAGACAGAUCUCAGGCUUCUACUAAUAACAACACCACAACGACGUCGUCCUCGGCUUCAGACUUCGUAUUGCAGUGGGGGAAUCGGAAACGAUUGCGUUGUAUGAAGGUUCAACAGCAACAACAAACAAAGGACAAAGAAUCGGCGGCUUCCGGUACACCGCCGGUGGGUCAACGAUCCAUCACAACCCGAGUUGAUCGGCGUGUUGUUAGGUCACCAAAUCAUCAAAACAAGGAAACCGUUACUACUAACGCCGUUAGUAACGGGAACGGUUACAUUAAUCUCCGGCAACGAUCCUCUUCACCGGCGCAUCGGGUUCUCAGGAAUUCUGAGAGUUCAAUUGGUAUGAAGGGACAGGGCAACGGCGGUAGAGGGGUUUGUUCACCGGAUAGAGGAGGGGGUGUGCAGGAUAAGAGAAGUACACAUAACACCAACGCCAACGCCAACCACCACCAUAAUGGGAAGAACAAUAAUAACGGCGGUGGUAGUGGUGGUGGUGGGUCGGGGUCAUCGGAGACGGCGCUUGAUAUGAAGAAAGGAGGGACGUCGCCAGGGAGUGAGGCGGUUCCGAUUGUCUGGCCCCCAAAAUUUGUGAUCGGAUUGACGAAUAAGGAGAAAGAAGAAGAUUUCUUGGCGAUUAAAGGCUCUAAACUUCCUCAGAGACCCAAGAAACGGGCCAAGUUCAUCCAACGCACCAUCAACUUGGUAAGUCCCGGUGGAUGGCUGUGCGAUCUCACACUGGAACGUUACGAAGUGAGAGAGAAAAAGAUUACAAAGAAGAGACCGAGAGGACUAAAGGCGAUGGGGAGUAUGACUAUGGAGUCGGAGUCCGAAUAAAUAAGGGGUGAAAUGGUGUAUUUACAAGUGGUUUGAUCAAGUAAAAUAUUCCACAUCCAUUUGUUUGUUUUAGCCAGGUCAGGUGAGACUGAGAGAAUAGGAGGAGAAACAUUGAGCUUGUAUUUAGUAUUUUCAUCAAUUUUCUCCUUGAGGUAAUCCUUUAUUUUAUUAUCACCAAAGGAAACAAAUGUGUUAAUCGAUCCCAUCUUAUAUAUAUAAAAAAAACAAACAAAUCAUACGAACGUAGUCAUUCUUGCAAACUCAAACCC